CAUGAACUGUUUCGUCCUACUUCAGAACUCCUCAGGACGGCACUGUGUGCUGUGGUCUGAGCUUUGGGCUGUGUGCUGUUUGUUUACGUCACAGUACAGGACUGUACUGUCUGUAGUAGUAAUUGAGAAUCAUCGCCUCAAGCAAGUCGCGUCCACCGCGUUUCCAGUUGCGUCUUUGCACAUCUUACUACAUGUCGACUCUUACGACUGGUAUUUGAUGCCGGGGGAUUCCUGUGUUUCCGAUGGUCACGAAUCGAAGACAGCCACGUGGCAGACAAGUUGUUCGUUGGAAGGUCAUGAGGCCAAGGAUUUUGCUCGUCUUUCUCGUUGUCUGCACCAGCAAUCUUAAUGCAGUCCUGGUAAAGUCGCAUGACGAGUCGUCCGACCCGCUUGUCGGCCGAGUCGCGCAGAUGGAAACCGCACUCGCCUCAAUCCAACCGGAGGAGAUCCCCAAUCUUGAGAUUUCGCAUCCCCAAUCUCAGCCCGUCACGUGGCAGCGAUCCAACGGCGGAGCUACUGCCGCGCAGCUGACGAGGUAUCUGGUCCGCUCAUUGUCCCUGCCGAAGUCCCCGCCGGCGCUCAAUCCGACCAGCAUCGGAUCUGGGCGGGGGAGGCCGUCAGGUGCUUCUGUUGCUGCUCAGGUGGUUCCAGGUGGGCGGCAGAGGGGGGAUGUUGCCUCAGGGAAGCUUGCAGCUGCACAAGGGGAAGCAGCAGUGGUAGCAGCAGCAACAGCAAAAGCAGCAGCAACAACAGCAGCAACAGCAACAGCAGCAACAGCAGUAGCACAAGGAGAAGAGGAAGUGUCAGCAGGAGCAGCAGAGAUGGAGAUACCAGAAUCUACACAAGAAUUAGCCACUGAAAUCUUGGAGCCUAUAACGAGGAUGCUUCAAGAGGAUCUCAUCCGUUCAGAUAUGGUUAAUAUACACCUCAACCUAGACGCAGUACAUGCCCCGAAACUCACCUCCCUCGCUUGCCUGGGCAGCCGUUGCCCGGAUUUCUCGGGCAGGUGCGAAAGAAACCCUGCAGUGUCAGCCUGCUGGAACGAGGGGUUACAAGACGAAGGUUUCGUCCGCCCACCCGAGCCGAUAAACUGCCCGAAAUUAAUGGAGAAGAGCGAGAAUGGGAACGGCACAGGAACGAGUGGGAGGGAUGGGAGCUGCACUCAUGCGUCUGACUUUGACUGGCAUGCGUGGCAGCACUUCCAGGCAUUCACGCUGCGCCAUGUGUAUGUGAACAGUGAGGGGCUCGUCUUUAACCGCUCCACUCACUUCCAUCGGAAGGGUUGCAAUAGCGAUAGUGAUUUCGUCUAUCUCAAGGGCUCCAUCCCUGUGCGCCACACCAAGCGCCUGGUCAACCUGGCAUACCACCAGGCAACGUCCAACUUCUACCACGCGCUUAUCGACUGGACGCCCCAGUUCUUUGUGCUCUCGUCUGUGCUCCACGCCAUGCCAGGCGUUCCCAUACUGGCAGCACCACAGCAGUUCUUCGUGCUCUACUUGGUUCUGCGAGGAAUGCAAGGCGUUCCCUGGCAGCACCACAAGAGUGGCAGCGCUACAGCAGCAUAUCAGAGCCGUUGCUGGGAGUGCCCCUGCCGUCCCUCCCACGCCUCGACAUCUCUCCGGACGAGCUGUUCUUUGCUGAUGAGGUCAUUGUGCCGUUAUACCAGGCUUGUGGCAAGCCCAGCCCAGCCAUUUGGAGGAACCUUCGCAGUCGCUUCUUUCUGCCACAAGGCGGUCUCCCUAUCUUCCAGCUGCAGCAGCAGCAGCAACAGCAGGGAUACAACCGCCACAGCCACCAGCCAUGGCAGCUCAGGCAUCCAGCUGCUGACUCAGAUCCAGGGCAUGAUGACGUGGCGUCGUCUGAUUGGCUGGUGGUGGUGGCGCAUAGGGUCGGCACGAAGAAGCGUGUGCUGGGACGUUUCGAUGAGCUUCUACAAGCUGUGGAGAAGAUUUUUCCUCCGACUCGUGUUCGUGUUUUCAAUGGAUCGCUGCCCAUCCUAGAGGCUCGUGCAUUGUUCCGGAGGGCGAGGUUGCUUAUAGCGGGGCACGGAGCGGCUAUGGCCAAUAUGGUCUUCAUGCCAACUAGUGCAUCUGUGCUUGAGAUUCGCCCAGAAAAACGCCCCAAUGCUUGCUACCAUCACCUUGCAAACGCCUGUGGGCUACAGUACUAUUUGACUUUUGGUGCAGGGGAUCCGGAGCAGGUGAUUAUUCUUGAUGUAGAUAAGGUGUCAACCAUCUUGCAAUCAAUUUUGGACAAUAGUUUCCCAAGAUAGAUGCAUCCAUGUUCGAGAUAAAUUUUGUAUGUAUACAUAUUUAUACGUACAUAUAGAAACCCCACC